GGUCAUUGCUCAUAAACGUCUUACUAAUACCUGCCGCAGGUACUUCCCACUAGCAACUAUUUAUACGGUAGAAGAAGGCAAUUUGUCCAGUUGAGAGAAGAAUCACAUUGACCGGAUUAAGAUUUUUCAACAAUGGUGGUUUAUGAGGCGACAGUCUACACAGGCGACCGAAUUCAGGCCACCACCUUAAACAGCGUGCACAUCAAGCUGGUGGGCACGGAUGGCGAGAGUGAUCGUACAUGGCUGAAGUCUUUGGUCAUCUUCAGAGGUUCAGUUUCUACUUAUACUGUGUCCUGCCCAAAUUCCCUGGGACGGCUGCUUCUGAUCGAAUUAGACAAACGUCAAUUUGGCUUUUUGCCCGACGACGCUUGGUUCCCCGAUAAGGUGGAAAUCAAAUCACCCGAGGAAGACAUCUACACCUUUCCCAUCCAUUGCUGGAUCAGCGACCAGGAGACGCACCGUUAUAGAGAGGGCAAAGCUCUGAGGAUCUUUGACGAAAGCCACUCUCUUGGCCAGUACGCCAGACAGCAGGAACUAAGCCAGCGAAGUGUAGACUAUGACUGGGAAUUCUAUGGCCCAGGUAUGCCGUACACCAUAAAGGCAGAUGGUGCAAUGACCUUGCCAGAUGAGGUCCAGUUCUCCUUCACCAAAACGACAGAGUUUGCAUUCACAGCGGCCACAGGGUUGGCUGAGCUUCGGCUAAAAGGGCUUGUUGACAACCAGGAUAAUUGGAAAACUCUUGACGAUAUCAACGACGUGUUCCGUAACAAAGACACGCCCUUAUCAGAUUACGUGCAGGACCACUGGGCGGAGGAUUGGUUAUUUGCAUACCAGUUUCUAAAUGGAGUCAAUCCCACCUUGAUUCGACGUUGCAAAACUCUACCCGAGAACUUCCCUGUGACCGAUGACAUGGUCUUCAUCCCCGAUGGCUCAAACUUAUUGAAUGAGUUGGAGCGAGGCAACAUAUACCUUUGCGACUACAAGAACCUGGACGGAAUACCGGCAAACAUCAUAGAAGAGAAGCAACAGUAUUUGACCGCUCCUCUUGUACUGCUUCACAAAAGAUCCGACGACAAGCUGAUGCCUAUUGCCAUUCAGCUGAAGCAGACUCCAGCGGAAGACAACCCCAUCUUUCUCCCAACUGACUCUGCGUACGAUUGGCUGACGGCUAAGAUUUUUGUGAGAAGUGCCGAUUUCUCAGAGCACCAGCUCAACGCUCACUUGUUGCGCACCCACCUGCUGGCUGAGGUUUUUGCCGUGUCACUGCUACGCAACCUGCCCAUGGUGCAUCCAAUCUACAAGCUCCUCAUACCCCACACUCGAUACACUCUGCAGAUCAAUGAAUUAGCUCGGCAACAGCUCAUAGGACCCGCUGGAGUCUUCACUAUGUUUGCAGCUUCUGGCCGAGAGGCUUUGCCAAAGAUCUUGGCAAGAUCGCUGUCCUCCAUCACCUACAGGUCCCUUUGCAUCCCCGACGACAUUGCUGACCGUGACUUGCGAGACCUGCCAAACUUCUACUACAGAGAUGAUGGACUCCAACUGUGGAACAUCAUCUUCGAAUAUGUGCAGCGAGUGAUAAAAUACUACUACAAAAGUGAUGACGAGGUCCAGCGAGACUCAGAACUGCAGAUUUGGAUUGGGGAUAUUUUUAAACACGGAUUCCUUUCCCAGCUACAAACAGGAAUCCCUCAAUGCUUGACCACUGUGUCUGAACUGAUCAAGUUUGCCACUAUGGUGAUGUUCACUUGCUCGUGCCAACACGCAGCUGUGAACAGCGGGCAGUACGACUAUGGUGGCUGGAUGCCCAACUUCCCCACCACCCUGCAGCGUGCUCCCCCGACCAAAAAAGGGACGACUAGCAAGACCACAAUCCUCGAGACGUUACCCCCUAUCAACGUGACUGCUCAGGGAAUGGCAGUGUGGCUGCUCAGCAGGCGGUCCUCUGACUUUGUCCCACUCGGACAUUACCCCGAGUACCAUUACACCGAAGAGACUCCCCGCCAGUUGCAAACAGAUUUCAAAAGCGAUCUAGACAAGUUGUCGAUCACGAUCAACAACAGAAACAAAGACCUGGAAAUCCCGUACACUUACUUGGAUCCAAAGAAUGUCGAGAACAGUGUGGCCAUCUAAACAUCAGAAAGUAACCAUCCUAAAAACCUGCGUGUAUACAGAUCAAGGUGUGAUGAGAUGGUAAUAAAAUGAAAUUCAUGAGUGUGUUUUGUUGACGUAUCGUUUCAAGUUUGAGACAUUUUCAUGCAAUAAAGUUUAAAUUGCACGAC